UGUGGUUGUACUGCGUCAGCAUGUCACUUGUCUCUAGUGUCAAAUUUGGGGGUUACUUUUAUUUAUUUAUGAAGUGAAUUUUCCAAAAGUGGAUGAUAAUAUUUCCAACUAAAAGGAAAUAGACUAUUUUUAAAAGAAAACUUUGAACAUUCAAUAUAACGAUAUUUUCAUUUUCGGGUACUUUCCGAAACAAUAUGCCUCGACGUGGAGGAGUAGCCAAAAAAGAUGGACCUGAAUCAGGGGAAGAUUCUGAUGAAUACAGGAAAAGAAGGGACAGAAACAACCAGGCUGUGAAGCGAAGCAGGGUGAAAUCGAAACAGAAAACACAAGAAACAGUUCAUCGCGUAAACAAGUUGAAAGAAGAGAACACAAUCCUAGAAGAGAGAGUGAAAACCCUCACCAAGGAGUUGGGCUUCUUGAAAGAACUCUUUCUCGCUCAUGCAUCCAAUAGUGUGGACAAAUCCAAAUUUAGUGAUGUAGACCUACAAAAGCUUGUGGAAGACACCAGCACUCCCGGUGGAAGUAACACUUAGUUUCACGAGUGAUGUGUGUAUCGGUGAGAGUUCAGACUGAGGAAAUAAUUGAGUUUCUUCCUUGAUCCUUUUUCAACACUCAAGGUUCACAGGUGGUACCUGAAUGAAAAAAUGAGAUUUAUCUGCCGAAUUAUUUCACAAAUUGAACAGGGGCAUGUAUAUUUGGAUAUUCAACAGUAUUUCCAAUAUGAGAUAACAGUAACACCAAAAAGUGAUAAACUUCAGGUACUUAUUGAAAGUUCACACAAAUAGAUGAAUAUAGUAAUGAGUUAUCCAAGCAGUGUAAAUGAUUGUGUUUAGGAAGGAUAAAUAGGUACUCUAAGGAAAACCAAUAUUCAAUGAUUCAUGUUUUGUUUGUGGAACUAAAAAAAAGCAUA